AUGUCAGUGCGGUCAGCAUCUUACUUUGUUCUCAUUUGCUCUUCAGGUGGAUUUAUAUUUUUUUUUCUCAUCUUUUUGUUCUUGUUGACAUUUACGUAAAUUUUUUGGUGGUUUCUGAAACUUCGAGCUUGAUGAAAAAAGGGUUGCACAAAUAACCAAAAUGUAUACUGAUUCUCAUGAUAAAGCUAAACUUUUUUUUCCUAAAAAUUAGAUUUUCACCUUUAGCAUAAUUUACUAACCAAUCUGAGAUGAAAAAACUGAGUUUUUAAGGCGAAUAUCAACAGCUUAGGACAUAUAUCCAAAGUUAAAAAUCCUUCAAAACGUCUCGUCAAUUUGAAGUAUAAAAAUUAAACGCUGAAUAAGAAAAAAAAAGUUGACUUGGACAAGAUUCAGAGCCUUAUUGAUCUUGCGUCCGUCCAGUAGGAAUAUCAAUCGAUACAAAAAAUUGUAGGAAGAUAUAGGAAUAUCCAAAAACAAGAAGAAAUUUAUAUGAUAUUCUUGCCGAGAUUACUAAUGACAUUAUUAAAUUUCUAGCAUUGGCAAGCAUGGACCUGCAGCCAACGGCUUGGAAAGCGACAAGAACGCCGUGUUGCAUGGACACUUUGAUGCCCUCCGUCUGCAAGUCCCUGUACAAUCGUGACCAUGAACGGUUCACCAGGUCUUGUCGGACAAACGCCGACUUCAGCUUCAUCCAGUGCUGCCACUCCUGCCAUUUCAAUAUUGAUCUCUUCACUGGCUCCAGUGAGUUAAGAUUAAACUCUUGUAUCGAUUUAUUAGGAAAAAAGAUAAGUACUUCCAAAGUCUUUUCUUUGAACUGAUAAGAUUCUCAGUACAAUUUUAUUCGAUCAAAUUGAACUUUCUUUGAUAUUCGUGAUUAAGCUGUGCCUGUCCCGAACGACAUCUACAUGAAAGAUGUAGAAGAACUUUUGUUGCGAACCAACGCCAACACCUGCUUUGACCGUCACGGAAGCAACUUUUGCGAGGCUUUCGUGACCCGCGCAGGCCCCUGGGGCAGAAGAGCUCUCACCUGCCAACAAUCGGCCUUCGCUUUCCGCGUUUGCAGGAAGACUUGCGGUUAUUGCAACUCGUACGUUUCGGAAUAUCUUGCCUAUGUGAUCAAACAUUUUCAGAUCGAAACCAGCCACAGUUCGAUACGACUCCACCGUCGCCAAGGACCCAAAAACCUGCGAGCGUCUAUUCUAA